ACGUUUUUGGGUUGGACCUAAACAUCGAACAUCGCAUCGUCAUCCAUUGUUUCUUUGUCGUGAUACCAUUGAAUAGGAGAGGGCCAAGCGCCGCUGGUUUUGGAGCAUACAAGUUGGAAUUUGUAACAAAAGUUUGCCAAUUUUGUUGGAUUAUUCACGUCCUCUACAUCCGGAAUAUCCUAUCGUCUGAUAUUCGCACUUCAUCAUGGCUCAACCUGUGACGACCGUUGUUCCGUUCGCGUCGUUACCUUCGUGCGCCGUACAAUGCGGUCCUCUCUACGACGCCAACGGCGCAUGUGUGCCUCCUGCUGCCGCUCAAGCCGACGGAACUACUUAUGAUUCCUGCUUCUGUAAAUACGACUCGCUUCAACCAUUCAGCAGAGGAACAUCAGGAGUUUGCGACACUGCGUGUACAGCCGACGCCGGCGGUUUGUCUAGCAUACAAGGCUGGUUCACAAGUUUCUGUGCCAAGGCUGCUACCGCUACCGCAUCAUCUUCCUCGUCAACGAGUUCAAGCACCAGCAGCUCAAGUUCAAAUAAUUCAGGUGGUGGAGAUUGGCUGUCAACUCAUUGGAAAUGGGUCAUCAUGAUUGUAAUCAUUGUCGUUGGUAUUGCCGGAAUCUGGACAGGCGCAUGUAUAUGGCGCCGCAAGUACCUUAAGAAGAAGGAUCGAAUGUACGAACUCGGCAAGGGACUCCCCAGCAGCGUUGCGGUCAACACACAGGGCAAUCUAGUCGGACCCGGCGCGCGCGAUAGCAAUUAUUCCAGCCAAGGCGCAUUCAUGUCAGGCUCUGGUAAUGCUGGCUAUACCGAGAAACCGAAAAAGGAGCGCAAGAAGUGGACCGUCACUUCACGAACAUGAAAAGCGCGGAGCCAGCAGAAGAACAGUUUCAACAUUCACGACGAUCCUUACAAGUUCCAAUGUCAUCAUCAUUAUCAAACUCGCCAUUAUCGCGGUUCACUAUACCUACCGUCGUAGGACUAUUCCUUAAGCAUGUUAUCAUUGGUUCAAAUUCCAUACAAGGCGUUCGGGGUGGAAAGGUGUUUCUACGAUACUACAUCGAUGCGGGUUCUUAUC